GGGGCGCGUGAUGUCAUCGGACGGCGCCGCGGCCGGGGCGGCGGGGUGUCGGCGCGAGCGUGGCAGAAUGAGAGGAGUGGAUGAACUGCAAUUAAUUUCUACAAAGUAAUAUUAAUCAAAAUGUGUUUGACACAGGAAGUCUGAGUAUCCUUGCUCUUUGUGGAGGCAUCAUAAGUAAGAACUGGCCAAGGUUUUGUGAAACUGCCCAGUAGACUGGAACAUGGAGACGCAGCUAGACCCCAUGAAGGAUGACCUGCCCUUAAUGGCCAACACUAGCCACAUGCUUGUAAAGCACUAUGUAUUGGACUUGGACGUAGAUUUUAAAAGUCAAGUUAUUGAAGGCUUCAUAGUUCUGUUCUUGGAGACUGGGAGCAGGUACAGGAGAGCCAGCAGUACCGGUGAAGAAGGCUGCCAGUCACAGUUUGAUGAAACCUGCAAAAUUAGGGCAUGGGAACAAGGCCACGUCCCUGUGUCAAAUGCAAGUGUCUGUUCAUCUAAAACGGAAUAUAAUGAUUUUGCUGUCUGUGGUAAAGGUGAAGAAGAUACUUCUGAUAAAAAUGGUAACCAUAGCAACGAGGAACAGGCUUCUGGGAUUUCUAGUUCAAAGAACUGCUGUGACAUAGAGAAUCAUGGGAACGAGGAUUUUCUGCUGGUGUUGGACUGCUGUGAUUUGUCUGUGCUAAAGGUUGAGGAGGUAGAUGUUGCUGCUGUGUCAGGCAUUGAAAAAUUCACAAGGUCUGCCAAACUAACUGAUGUUUCAAAGGAGCUGGCAAAUCUCAGGAAUCAGAUUGUACAUGAACUUGUGACUUUACCUUCGGAUCGCUGUAAGGAACAGCUAUACUAUUACACUUGCUGCAGCCAGGCACCUGGCUGUGGAGAGCUUCUGUUUACUACUGGCACUUGGAGCUUGGAGAUAAGGAAAUCAGGAAUUCAGACUCCAACAGACUUUCCUCACGCAAUUAGAAUACGGUACAAAACCAAACCGGAGGGAAGAUCUGUUACGUGGACUACAGACCAGAGUGGCAGGCCAUGCGUUUAUACGAUGGGAUCGCCAAUAAACAACAGAGCCCUUUUCCCUUGCCAAGAACCACCCAUUGCCUUGUCAACAUGGCAAGCAUCAGUCCGAACAGCUGCAAGCUUUGUUGUUUUAAUGAGUGGUGAAAACUCAGCAGAACCAGUCCAGCUUCAAGAAGGUAUCAUGAGCUGGUACUACUAUGUGACUAUGCCAAUGCCAGCAUCCACCUUCACAAUCGCUGUGGGAUGCUGGCAAGAAGUUAAACAGUCCUUCACACCUGCUGUCCAGACAAACAAUGAGUUUUCUUUGCCAUGUUCACAAGCUGAUUUCAGAUGGCAUGAAGAAAGCUGUGGACAUGUGGAAUAUCCCUGCCGUUUCCAAAGUCCUGCUGCCAGGUUGCAGAGAGUCAUUCCUUACAGAGUCUUUGCUCCAUGGUGCCUUAUGAAAUGCUGUGAAGAACAUCUACUUCAGCUUAUUCCUCAGUGCCUCUCAGCUGCUUACACCACACUGGGCACCCAUCCCUUUUCCAGGCUUGAUGUUUUGAUAGUUCCUUCCAACUUUUCCAGCCUGGGAAUGGCUAGCCCACACAUCAUCUUCCUGUCACAGAGUGUAUUACCUGGGGGGAGCCAUCUCUGUGGAACACGUCUGUGCCAUGAAAUUGCUCAUGCUUGGUUUGGACUGGCCAUUGGGGCUCGUGAUUGGACUGAAGAGUGGAUAAGUGAAGGAUUUGCCACUUUUUUAGAAGAUGUAUUUUGGGCUAGGGCACAACAGCAGCUGUCACAUGAUGAAGAAAAAGCACAGCAGGAAUUGAAAGCUUUACUUCGCUGGCGACGACUCAGAGAUGAGGUGCAGAAUUCUGAAGAAGAGCUGCAAGUUUUAAGGCCCAACAAGGAGAGCACAGGAGAAGUGAGUGAGUCUGGAGCAUCCAUUGUCAAGCAUGGUCUUAAAGCAGAAAAAAUCUUUAUGCAGAUUCACUAUUUGAAGGGUUACUUCCUUUUGCGGUCUCUGGCGAGGAGAAUAGGAGGCGCUUCAUACCUUGCAUCUUUACGAAAAUUUGUCUAUAAGUUCCAUGGACAGCUUGUCCUUUCUCAGGAUUUUCUUUCCAUGCUGUUGGAAGACGUACCUGAACAAAGAGAGUCUGGGUUAACUGUUGAAAGUAUCUUCACAAACUGGCUUGACACUUCCGGAAUACCAAAGCCUUUGCUGGAGGAGGGCGAGACGUGGAAGGAGAGCCGGCUCGUCCAGCAAGUGAGCGGCGAGGUCACAAAAUGGAUUCGGACAAACCAGAGGAUCAGAAAAAGCAGCAAAAAGAAAAGAAGGCAGGAUGAAGUCAUUUUCCAAAAGCUUCUCCCUGACCAGCUGGUCUUGCUUCUGGAGUAUCUCUUGGAGGAGAAGACAUUAUGUCCCAGAACACUACAGUGCUUAGAAGAAACGUACCAGCUCCGUGACCAAGAUGCUGAGGUUCGUCAUCGGUGGUGUGAACUUGUUGUUAAACACAAAUAUGUGCCUGGAUAUGGAGACGUUGAGAAAUUUCUCAGAGAAGAUCAGGCAAUGGGUGUGUAUCUCUAUGGUGAAUUAAUGGUGAAUGAAGAUGCAAAACAACAAGAACUUGCAUACAAAUGCUUUGCUGCAGCACGAGAACAAAUGGACGUGUCCUCUGCCAAAGUGGUGGCCGAGAUGUUGUUCUGAAGAGGAAAGAUCACAGAGAAAUUCUUUUAAUAUAUCUCCUACUAAACCCCGGUGGUACUAGGAUUUCAUUGACCCAAGACAUCAAAGGAAGGAUUAUGUGACUGCUAAAACAAUCAGCUGACAGAAACAUUUACCUUUCAGUAUUUAUGUUUUCCAGAGGCUCAGUGUAACCAAGAACAGGUAAAAAUGCACAUGCACAAGACCAGCUACACACAAGGAUACACACACUCUAGUGUGCCUCUAGGUAGUUUUUUAAUACCAGCAGUUGGGGUCUUAUCCUUGCUGUUUGGUGGUACAACUGUUGCAGUUUGCAGAGGCCCAAGGACUCUUGACUUGAAUGAUUUUAUGUACUCCAGUAACUUGGCCAAACACAGGAACUGCUGAAAUUUGAUAACACUGUAUUCUGUGCUUAAAAUUUUGUUUGUAACUUCAAUGCCAAAUUAAAAAGUUAACAUAAAAUUAGAUGGAUGGCUGGGAUGGGGAAGUUAACUGGAAGAUGGAAUAAUCUGUGGAAGGUGACCAACCAGCGAUCUGGUGAUUGGAUGCACCGAAGCAAAAAUUAAGAUCAGGAUUUUGUCUGUGUCUUGUUUAGGUUGACUUCUACCAGAACUGUACCUUUCAUUUUCCGGAAAUUUCUUCCAUACCUCUGUGCUGCCCCUUUUUUCUUAGUGAUGUAUCAAAUGCAGCUCUUCUUUUGUAGGAAUGUACAGCUCCACUGAUCACAAGACAUCUAAACUGUUCUUUUCAGAGAGACUUUAAAACAAAAGCAUUUGUGAACAUAUUUACUUUGUAUACUAUUGUUUUACACUGUACACUUGUAAAAAUAAAUAUUUUUUCAAAUAUGUGUAGUUUUUCCAUUGCACAGCUGUUCAAAGUUCAUAUAUAAACCUAAGAAAAACCUCUUUUUUUUCACCUCUUUUCUACUUGUGUAGUAAGACAGAAGAAGCUGAAAGUGGAAAUUAAGGGAUAUCAACAAGAAAAAUUAAGUGUGGAAAUUACUUUUCUUUAAAGGUCCUAUGCAGAGAGUCUAUUAAAAGACUGCCUUAAUAGUGACUUAAUUCCAAGGAGUCCCGUUCCUCUUCACCUCCCUCCAUUUCCCGACCUCCCCUUCUCCAGGCACAGAGAGUUGUUACUGGAAUCAGGGGACAGUCAGCAGCUUCUUGCACAUGCAGCAGGAAUUUGGAAGUUGUCCAAGUGCUUGCUGAGAUACUGCAAUGACUUCUAAUGCAGUUACACUCAUAGAUGUAUUUAUUAAGGGAUCCUACUCUCUUAUAAAAGAGUUAUGCUUCCUUUCACAAGGUUUUUCUGCAAAGGCCAGCAAAGAAAAUCAACUUCCUUUUUGACUUUCCCCUAUGUAAGGGAAAGAACCCAAAGCUGAAUAGGGUUUUUACACGAGACGUGUCAAUUAAAUGUGUUGUAAGCCAAUGCUGGUAAAAUUACAUUGCAAAUAAGACAUUCCACACGUUGCACAUAUCACCAAGUUUUUUAUUCUUUGGAACAAUUAUUUUUCUUACCUUUUUAUUAUUAUUUCUUUUUUUUUUUUUCUUUUCAUUGAGGACUGUAGUGGUUUAGAUGCUUACUGUGGCUGUUGCAGUCUGUUUAAACAGUAUUAACGAGAGCAUUCAUGUGAACAUUGAUGUUCCUCACAACAACUUUGUGCUCCAUUGUGCAUUGCAGCAACAGAGGAAAUGGAUGGCAAAUAAAACUCCAUCACCACAUAACCCACAAACAGCAGUAGUGACUGCCCUGGUUCUGUACCUGGGGCUGUAUGACCUUUUGUUGCUAAUCCAAGCAUUCCUAAACAGAAUGAGGCUCCAGAUUAAGAAGGAAGCUGGAGCAUAGUUUCAAAUAGUUAUUAUCACCAGAACUCAUCAUAAGCAAAAGAGAACAAAG